GCGGCCGGGCAGCGCGGGCGGAUCCCUGCUGAGACGCGCCGUCCUGGAGCAGCCGGAGGCCGCGAGUCGGCCCGAGGCGCCGGAGGACGAUGAGGACGAGGAGGAGGCGCUGCCGCACUCCGAGGCCGUGGACGUGUUCCAGGAGGGUCUGGCCAUGGUGGUGCAGGACCCGCUGCUCUGCGAUCUGCCGAUCCAGGUUACUUUGGAAGAAGUCAACUCCCAAAUAGCCCUAGAAUACGGCCAGGCAAUGACGGUCCGAGUGUGCAAGAUGGAUGGAGAAGUGAUGCCUGUGGUUGUAGUGCAGAGUGCCACGGUCCUGGACCUGAAGAAGGCCAUCCAGAGAUACAUGCAGCUCAAGCAGGAGCGUGAAGGGGGCAUUCAGCACAUCAGCUGGUCCUAUGUGUGGAGGACGUACCAUCUGACCUCUGCAGGAGAGAAGCUCACAGAAGAUAGGAAGAAGCUCCGAGACUACGGCAUCCGGAAUCGAGACGAGGUUUCCUUCAUCAAAAAGCUGAGGCAAAAAUGAGCCUCCAAACAAGGACAGCUCUCUUCACUGGUGGCUGAGUUUUUUCCCAGCAGCAUCGGGUCCUCAAGAAAGGACAUGGUGGUGGCCUCACCCCAGGCAUGCCCAAUAGGAACUCUCAGCACGAACCUGGGAGCCCCCGGGACUAGGACGGGGUGAGCCAGCGCUCCCUUCUUCCAUGUGCUUGUCCUGAGACUGACCUCUCCCUAGGUCCAAAUACCCUAGUCACAUGCCAGAUCCACAGCCUGACCCUGUGUAUAAAAUAAAACUAUUUGCUUCAUAGUUUGAAAA